CUGCGGGAGCUUCUCGGCUAUGAACUCGGCGUUGCCAUUACAGGGUCCGAGGAGAUCGGGAUUACGCUCGUUAUCACGGAAGGGUUCGGGAGCAUCGCGAUGGCGGAGCAAACGUUUGCACUCUUAAAAGCGCGGGAAGGCAUGAAAACCUCCAUCAACGGUGCGACGCAGAUUCGUGCCGGGGUUGUCCGCCCGGAGAUUUUGAUUCCAAUUGUGCCAGAAGUUGCCGAGACAGCAUCCGAAGCGGUGGAUGGUACUGCUGAAGGUAUUCUGGAAGUCGGCAGCUCGGUCCGCAUCAUCCGUGAGCCGUAUUUCGGCAAAUUGGGACGCGUCACGGAACUGCCGGUAGAACUUCAGAACUUGGAAACAGAGGCGCGGGUGCGGGUCUUACGCGUCGAGCUCAAAGACGGUCAACAGACUACUUUGCCUCGCUCCAACGUUGAAGUGAUCGAGGAAUAG